AUGGAUUCCCAGCAAUUGGUAGAAGCUGUUUCGCAAAAUAGUCAAGAUUUGCUUCUUGCGAAACCAACGAGCAGCACGCCGAGACACAGCAUAGAAUCUAUUCUAGGAUUGCAAAGUCGAAAAAGAAGCCAUAGUCAGAUUGAUGAUUCCGGAAUUGGUCCCCACGACAACACUGGUGACAGCAGCUGCCAUUCCCCGGGAGGCGGAAGUGACGAGGAUCUUGGGCCUGGGUGCGGGGACGACAUAAACGAAAAUAGUGCUAAGAAGAAGCACCGUCGGAAUAGGACGACCUUUACUACUUACCAGCUGCAUGAACUCGAAAGAGCAUUCGAAAAAUCUCAUUAUCCCGACGUUUAUUCGAGAGAAGAAUUGGCUAUGAAAGUAAAUUUACCUGAAGUUCGCGUGCAGGUCUGGUUUCAAAAUAGGAGAGCGAAAUGGCGCCGACAGGAGAAAAUGGAAGCCGCCAGGCUUGGAAUCAGCGAAUAUCAUCAUGCGAGUAUGAGAAGUAUUGGUGGACCUGCUUUGGGAUUGCCAGGAGAUCCUUGGUUACCACCACCAGGACUUCUUAGUGCCCUUCCUGGAUUUUUAGCUGCCCCUCAUACUGGUUAUCCAAGUUACCUAACGUCCUCCAGAAGACUUCCGUCGCCACCAGACGUCAGUUCAGUAGCUGCACUUCCCGCUGCCAUAGCCGCAGGAAUGCCUAGUUUAGGCGGAGGAUCAGGACAGGCACCAUCCAGUCCUUCAGGACACGAUCCUCGAACUUCUAGCAUCCAAGCUCUCAGGAUGAAGGCCAAGGAGCACGUGGAAAGUAUCAGCAAAGGACUGCAAAUGGUGUGAAAUCCAAUUCGAAAACCCCCUAAAUUUAAAUUCCAAAUUCUCAACUGCUUUCUCAGAAUUCUAAAAAUUUGAGAAAGAUAAAUCUCAAAGACAUUUUAUCCUUCCCUGAUUCGUGAAACACCCAGUGUGCUAUUCAACAAACCCAGUGUGCAAAUAUAUUUAUUAGAGAAUGCGAGAAUUGGAAUUGAAUUUUUUUAUAUUGUUCGGAAAAAUCUAUGACAAUUAGCAUGCGUCUAACGCUAAAAUUUAGCAUUCCUCAGGUCGGACAAAAGGGUAAAAAAGUCACAAUUUAUUGUGAUUAUUUCCAAA